AUGGCUCUCCCAACUACUACCCGAGCAUGGUCCAUCGCCGAGAUCAACAAAGACAGCUUCGAUAGCCUUGUUCUAAAGGACAACGUUCCUCUUCCAAAGCUCGGCGAGCGCGAUGUCUUGGUUCAAAUCGAAGCCGUGUCUCUCAACUACAGAGACCUGGCCAUCCCAAAGGGUUUCUACCCCUUUACCUUGAAUCUUCCCGUCGUUCCAGGAUCUGACAGCGCCGGCAUCAUUCUUGCAACCGGUUCCAAGGUCACAAAAUUUGCCAAGGGGGACCGAGUUUGCACGCUGUUCAACGAGCACCACCAGACUAACCCAAUUACUCCUGAAGCCGUUACAAGUGGCUUUGGCGGUGCCAUUGACGGCACCCUGCGCGAGUACGCCGUUUUUGGAGACCACGCCCUUGUCAAGGCCCCGUCUACUUUGAACGCCAUCGAGGCCAGCACACUUACCUGCGCCCCCCUGACCGCAUGGAACGCCCUCUACGGACUGCAGUCAAAGGCCAUCAAGGCAGGUGAGUGGGUCUUGACUCAGGGCACCGGCGGUGUCAGUCUUUCAGGCAUCCAGUUCGCCGCAGCUGCUGGCGCGACUGUCGUCGCCACCACGUCUUCAAAGGAAAAGGCCGAGGAGUUGAAGAAGCUAGGAGCCACACACGUUAUCAACUACAGAGAGACUCCCAACUGGGGCGAGGUUGCCCGAUCACUGACGCCCGAGGGCACUGGAUUCGACCACAUUCUCGAGAUCGGCGGCCCCGGAAGCCUCGAGCAGUCGCUCAAGGCCAUCAAGUUGGAGGGUGUCAUCACCAUCAUCGGAUUCCUCGCACCAUCUGACAAGCAGCCCCCCCUGAUGGACGCUCUUAACCACGUUUGCAUUGUCCGCGGCAUUUUUGUCGGUUCUAAGCAGCAGUUUGUGGAGAUGAACCGGGCGAUUGACUCCAACAAGAUUAAGCCCGUUGUUGACUCCAACAUCUUCUCAUUCGAGGAUAUCAAGACGGCAUAUCAGUACCAGUGGGACCAGAAGCACUAUGGAAAGGUUGUCAUUAAGAUUGCAAACUAA